UCUCAAUGAGCCCUUCCUGGUUAAAUUAAAACAAUUAAAUAAAUUGAAUUGUUGAUUUGGUUCAAGUCUGCCCAAAAGAAAGGAGGCAAGCUCAGUAUGGCUGAAAAGGAGCAACUUCAGAAAGAGGAGGAUGAGAGAAGACAAAAGGAACAGGAGGAGGCUCGACUCCUGGCUGAGAAAGAGGAUCAAGAGAGACUGGAGAGAGAGAGGAAGGAGCAGGAGGAGCAUCAGAGACUGGAGCUAAAAGUGUUACCAUCACUGACCUUUAUCGUUCAUGGUUAUCGGUGUGUUUGUGUACGGAGAGGGCUCUGGAAGUUAAACCUGUUCAUAAUGUCCUAAUGAAAAAGAGUGAUCAUUGCUGGCUUUCUGUGACAGCACAAAGAUCGCAGAGAGGACGAGCUGAACGAAGUGCGUCAUCUACUGGAAGAGAACCAGACUGCAGUCACCAAGUGGGAGACUGACUCCAGAGCGAAAGCCAAGUGAGACAGGUACAUGCAUUGUGAUGGAAGUAACCUGUGGUGGGAGGACCCAGAAGUCCAGAUCAAACCGGUUCUAAAGGAGUGUGCCCUGAGAAUCCUCCACACCCACUACAACCACUUGUCUCACCUGGCCAACCUGAAAGCCAGACUCCCAGCAGGAUGUCCCUGGGCCAGUGAGGAGCCCCUUCUGGAGGGAGCGACCCCUGCGGGGGAGCGUGGAGAGACAGUGACAGGAGAGGGAGCACACAGCAGGGAGGUGCAGAGGAAGAGGUGCAGUCUGUCAGAGGGUCCAAAGGCAGGAAGAGUGCGGUGAGUGUGAUGUCUAUGAAGGAGGAGAGGAGGUGUGGUCAGAAGCAGCUGGAGGAUGUGAAACAGAAGCUGGAGGAGAAAGGGAGUCAGAUAGAUACCAUGCUAGUCGGAGAUGACUCAGGUGAGGGAGACUCCCCUACCCCGAUGGACCUAGUGAUUGACAGCUAUGAGGGUCAGGUGGUUGACCUGCAGCAGUACACACCCCUGGGAGGAGUCUUCUACUGCGAUGUGUUCCGCCUGCCGCCACAGUCCCAACAACUCAACGGAUGGGAGAUGAGAGAGCUGUUGGACACAGGGCUGCAGCCGUUCCCUUACCCCACGGAGCAGUCCCGGAUCCAGGGCUCUGCCUCCAUGAAGCUGGAGGACAGUGGGGUCCUGACCUGUCCCCCUGUAGGGGUCACAGUCACCCUGCCUGACUCUGUCCUGUACCUGGAGGACCCACAGGUGGCCCGCUGGGACCUUGAAGGAACGUGUCAAGACCUGACCCUCAAAACCUACCUUCCGUUGACCCUGGUGACUCAUCAGUAGGAAAGAUUUGUUUCUCUUUUGGUCCAUUCAACAACAGAGCGAUACGAACCUUGCUUUAUGU